CACACACCUUGCAAUGCUACACCUGCCGUGACACUACUCCAGUUGAGAAGUGCCUGAGCAUUGAGAACUGCACAGAGACUGAGAACAUGUGCAAGACUACAAUGUAUUCCCUGGAGGAAGUUUAUCCCUUCACAGGAGUAGCAACUGUCACCAAGAUGUGCUCCUCUGCCUGUGUCCCCUCUGAUGUGGAUGGCAUUGGCAUGACACGUCCUGUCCUCUGCUGUUACUCUGACUUGUGCAACACUGAUGGGGCAGCAAGUUUGAGGAUCAGCUUUGUGCCAGUUGGGCUGCUGGCAAGUUCCCUUUGUGCCUUCUUCUGGACUAGACUCUGA